AAAGUUAUUCCCUUUGACACCUCGCGUUCCUCUAGGGCUGCUUUUUAUAGGAACUGCGGGCUGCGGCGGCCGAGGGAAUCAUAGCCGCGUUAAUUUGGCAGUCAAUUGACGGACUCGAAAGGUUCAUUAACUAAAUUUGAAUUUCCCCUGUCCAUAAAAGAGUAGGUCGAGCAUCUUCCCCGAUUAGCAUCCUUCUCGUACUAUCUAUACCUCUCACAACCUCGGAAGAUAUCGGAAUGUCAGGAGCGAACCAGGAGGAAGAAAGGAAGCCUGAUCAGGGCGGAGCGCACAUAAAUCUGAAGGUUAAGGGGCAGGAUGGCAAUGAGGUGUUUUUCAGGAUUAAGCGCAGCACUCAACUUAAAAAACUCAUGAACGCCUACUGUGAUCGCCAGUCGGUUGAUUUGAACUCCAUCGCCUUCCUCUUUGAUGGCCGUAGGCUUCGCGGCGAGCAGACUCCAGAUGAGCUGGAGAUGGAAGAUGGAGAUGAAAUUGAUGCCAUGCUUCACCAAACCGGCGGGUAACUAUUUAUAUUUCUGAUUUGAGAGGCGUUCUUUGGCUUGGCAGUAUUUUGUAUAUUUCAUUGGGUUUGAUAUAAAUGAACACACAAAAAACUAAUACAAUAUACUAUUGUGAGUUUUGGCCAAGCUGAGGAGCAAUCUGAAAACUGAUAAAUCAGAAUUUGGAUGAGAAGAUUAUUGUGUUUUUACCACUGUUUGUUGUUUUUUUUUUCUAAACUCAAGUUUUUUGCCAUGAAUGCUGAUUCUUAAGUGAAAUGAUGCAGAUGUUUUUUUGCAAGAUAGAAAA